AUGCUUGAGAUGAAAGUGGGGCAAAUUGCCGAAUCCUUAAGCAACCAAAAUCAAAAAGGGCAAUUUCCGAGUAACUCCGUUGUGAAUCCAAAGGAACAUUGCAAGGCUAUCACUGUAAGAAGUGGGAUGAUAUUUGAAGAGUCCAAGAUAUCCCCGGAAGUCAAGAACAAUGAUGAGAGCAUUUCUUCAAAAAUGCAAGGCGACAAGGAGGAGAAGAAAGAUGUGUACAAGGUUCACAUCAAUAUCCCACUUAUUGAAGCAUUGCAACAAAUGCCCAAGUAUGCAAAAUUUCUCAAGGAGGUCAUAUCCACGAAGAAGAAAUGGGAAGAAUUUGAGACGAUCAACCUCACCGAAGAAUGUUGUGCCGUUCUUCAAAAGAAGCUACCCCUCAAGAUCAAGGAUCCUGUGAGCUUUACUAUUCCAUGUGAUAUUGGAACCAUCAAGCCAACCACGAUUGUUUUGCAAAUGGCAGACCGUUCCAUUUCAUAUCCAAAAGGGAUAGUGGAGGAUGUCUUGGUGAGGGUUGAAAAAUUCAUUUUUCCGGUGGAUUUUGUGGUCUUAGAUAUGGUUGAAGACAAGGAUGUACCUUUGAUCCUUAGACGUCCAUUCUUGGCGACGGGGAGGUCCCUAAUUGAUGUUGCAAAGGGUGAACUUACAUUAAGAGUCAAUGAUGAAAGCGUCACUUUCUUAAUCCACAAAGCUCCCAAGCACAAAAAUGAAGAUGAAGGCAUGAGAGUGGAUGAACGCAAAUUGAUGCAAGUGAUUGAACCUUGCAUCAACAUGAAAGAAAAUUUGAAAGAAGAAAAGAAAGAGGAGAAAGCCCAAGGCUUGGAGUUGAAGCUUCUCCCCACACACUUGAAGUAUGCAUUCCUUGGUGAGGAUGAAUUACAUCCAAUGGGACAAGCGCGUGUGCUCCAACUCAAUGAAUUGGAUGAGUAUCGUGCAUUUGAGAAUCUGAGCUUCUACAAAGAGAAAACGAAGAAUACCCAUGAUGAGAUGAUGCAAAACCGGGAGUUUGCACCCGAUGAUGAAGAAAGAAUCAAGACGUUUUUGCCCUUGAAACCAAACGUUGAAGUGUUCGUUGGCACCAUCCCCGUGCCAUGA